AUGGUCGCUACACGUAAUCAUCCGACCGAGUUCCCCAGUCCACCAUCGGAGACGCCUACCAGGUCCUCGCCGACGAAGAGAUCAACACGCUCAUCCGCAGAACCCAACCAUGUGACCACAACAACAGCAGCAGCGGCACAGCCAACCCCCAGCAAGCCGGUAUCGAUAUCACAAUUAGCGCGAUCACCACUCCCACCACGCACCUCGACCCCAUACAUCCCCCGAACACGCCAACCAAAAGCCUGGUCCCACACCCCCUCCAACCUGACUCUAAUAUGGCUCGCCAUCAGCCUCCCGCUAGUGAUCUGGGAUACUGGCUACGUCUUCCUGCGACCCUAUAGCAUGCCCGGUGGCUCCCUCCAAUGGCCUCUUUGGGUUCCGUACGAACUAUAUGGACAAGUGGACCAUAUCUACGGCAGUAAAGCCUGGGAUGCGCACAAUGGUUUUACAGCUGCGCAGGCGACGCUGAACACCUUUGAGACGGCGGCGUAUUUGGUUUACUUGUAUUGGGUGUAUGCGUACGGUCAGCAGGAGAAGGUGCAGGGGAGAGGAGCGCCGGAUAUGAGUACGCUCGGACGAUUGCAGGCGUUGGGUGAGAGCAGGACUGUUCACGGGAGGGUUGCUGGGUGGGCGGUGCUAUUGGCAUUUAGCACGGCGAGCUUGACGUUCUCCAAGACUGUGCUGUACUGGCUGAACGAGGCCUUUUCAGGCUUCGACAACAUCGGACAUAACGAUGUCAUAUCCCUCAUCUUUCUCUGGAUCAUUCCGAAUGGUGCUUGGAUCGUCUUUCCGAUCUACAUGAUGUAUGUUUUUGGAGGGGAGCUACUCGAAGCGUUGGAGACUGCCGCGGGUGGUGACAAGAAAGCCAGAUAG